GUCCGUGCGCACGUUACCGUGGUCCGUCUCGCCGUCGCGUCGUCGUUCGCCGUCACGUCGCGGUUUUUUUUUAAUAUUUUUAAUUAAUCAUUGUUUUGAAUUUUUUUUUGACGCGGUCGUUUUUUUUUGCCGACAUCACACGCGCCCGACCGGCGUACGCAACGCAUACCGUUACGUACAUUGUUAUUCGGAACGCGUCGUCGUCGUCGUGUGUGUGCGCCAGUGCGUUCGUAUCGUUCCGCGGUUUUUCCGUUGAAUUUUUUCGGCGCGCGCGCGAGUGGAAAACAAACCGCUCGUUUUUCGCGUAUAGUAGGUACAUCGUAAUAUCGUUGUACCUACACACUGCACCGGAGACGCGCGCGCGGCCGCUCCGGAAACACGUCCGCCGCCGGUCGAAAUUGAUUUCUCCACCCGGCCGUUGUACCCGACAGCCAUCACGCUGAAUUACGGGGAGAUCGGGAGCCCGUUCGGAGGGGGCGGCGGUGGAGGCGCUAACCAGCAACAGCAACAGAGGUCCACGGGCACGCCGUCGUCGAUGGCCGGUGGCGACGCCAUGGACGCAACGGCUCUGAGCACAGGCGGACCGGGUUCCGGCGGUGGCGGCGGCGGUGCCGGUGGCGCCAACGGCCCGGGCGGCAACAACGCGGCCGUCGGUGGCCAAGACUCGCGCGGCGGAGGCGGCGGCAGCAUAACGCCAGUGCCCACGUCCAAGUCGGCGUUCAUCGAGCUCCAGCAGAACCCGUACAACGUGCGCGGCGUUUACCACCCGCACCCGCACGCCCAUCCACAUUUCGCGGCGGCUGCCGCGGCCGCGGUCAACCAGCACCACAACAGCCCCACGCAGCACCACGGAAACGCAGCGUCGCUGCAGCCCCAUCACCACGACGGUGCCGGCGGGUUCGGCAGCCCCAGGGGCGCCAUGUCCGCGUACCCGUUCCCGACAAUGCACCAGAACUCGUACUCGAGCUAUCACAUCGGAUCGUACACGCCGCAGUGUCCGUCGCCAACCAAAGAAGAAAAAUGUGGUAUCGCAGAAGAUGGCAGUCUCAGGGUAAAUGGGAAAGGAAAGAAAAUGAGGAAGCCUAGAACUAUUUAUUCAAGCUUACAAUUGCAACAGCUCAAUAGACGUUUCCAGAGGACUCAAUACCUAGCACUACCCGAACGAGCUGAACUUGCCGCAUCCUUAGGACUUACUCAAACUCAAGUAAAAAUAUGGUUUCAAAACCGGAGAAGUAAAUACAAAAAAAUGAUGAAAGCUGCGCAACAACAAGUGUCGACCCCGUCCAACAACAGUAGCAACAACGGCGGUGGCCCUGGCCAUAUGUUGGGGGGCCCCGGCGGGGCCAAUACGCCUAGCAUACCGAACAGUCCUCCGCCGUCUGGUGGCCUUCUGGGUGGUAACGGUUCGUCGUCCGGCAGUCAGCCGAGUCCGACCGGAGGAUACAUCGGCGGUGGUGGCGGAGGCGGCAGCGGCGGUGGCGGUCACGUGGGCCCCGGCGGCAUGGGCCAGCACGUCGGCAACAGCCCGACGCCCAGCUCGACGCCGGUGUCCUGCGACAUGUCGCCCGUGCCGCCAGUGCACCACUCGUCGUCCGGCGUUUCCGGUUCGCCACCGGGCGUCGCGUGGGACAUGAAGCCGCCGAACCUGCAGGCGUUGGCCGGCAAUCCUCAUCACCAUUCGCAUCAUCCAACCGCCGGGUACAUGCCGCAGUACAGCUGGUACCAGGCCGACGGUCCGAACCAGGGCCUUCUAUCGGUAUGGCCGGCAGUCUAACAAAAAAUGGAAAUAAGUCGACAAUCGUAGGAAUUUUACUGUUGUGUACCUCUAUAUAUAUAUAUAUAUAUAUAUAUGUAUAUAUAUAUAUAUAUUGAACUCAAAUAUAAUUUAACUGGUGAUAUAUAUUAUAUAUUCAGUGUUUUUAAGUUUUUUUUCUCCUCUCCGGUUUGUGCGAAACACUAUAAUAUUAUUUUGUAUAUAUAAUAUAUACAUAUAUAUAUAUAAAUAUAUAUGUACCUACGCAAGACGAAUAUCGUCGUGUGUUUUUUCGCAAAACCCAAAAAUUAUAUUUAACAACAAAUUAUUUUAUUUACAGUUUUAU